CCCCUCCGAAGAAGAAGAUUUAUUGACAUUAUUGACAGAUAAAUUUCCAAAGAUUGUUUUUAUGGCAAUUAAACGAAAAAGACCUUAAAAUACGUCGGAAAACGACAAAAUAUUCAUUAAAGUUCAAUUUUUUGAGUUGUCAGUGCAUGAAAAAUGGUGCUUUAGGUUAAAAUUACGUCACAAUUUGAGUUUGAACAGAUGUUUAUAUAAUUUUAAAAGGAAUUGGAACAUGGUGCUCAUAAGCAAAAUAAGGAUAAAUAACCCUCAAAAAAGUUAUACAACAGGAUAAACUACAGGAAAAGUGUUAUUUUACAGCCAUAACUAUUAUGUUUACAUUGGGUAAAUCAAUUUUGAUAUGGCAUACCUCGAAGCACCUAAAACAAUACAAAAAGAGUAUGAUUACUUCCUAAAGUUCAUUCUAGUGGGUGAUAGUGAUGUUGGCAAACAUGAGAUCCUCUCCAACUUUGAUGAAGGGGAAUACAACCCUUUUUGUGGCCAUGGGGCCCACAAAACAACCACCAUUCUAUUGGAUGGUAAAAGGGUGAAGUUGCAGCUGUGGGAGGCAUCAGGGCAAGGCAGAUUCUGCACUAUAAUAAGAUCAUACUCGCGUGGUGCACAAGGUGUGUUUUUGGUGUACGACAUAACAAACAGAUGGAGUUUCGAUGGCUUAGAUCGUUGGUUGAAAGAAGUGGAUGAGCAUACACCUGGAGUCCCUAAAGUUUUAGUGGGAAACAGAAAACAUUUGGAGUUUGAUCGUAAAGUUGGGCAACGAGACGCGGAAACUUAUGCUAACAAACAUAAUAUGGCUUUCUUUGAAGUUUCGCCUUUGUGUAAUUUCAACAUACACGAGAGUUUUUGCGAGUUAUCGCGAAUGGCGCUGCAGAGAAACGGUUUAGAAAGACUAUGGCGGUCAAAUAAAGUUUUAAGCCUCCAAGAGCUGUGUUGCCGCGCCAUAGUGGCCCGUACAACCGUCUACACCAUAGAACAACUCCCUUUGCCAACAUUCGUCAAACGCCAUUUGAAAUCGUACGCUCUGGCUUCGCCCCCGGCGCCCCAGAUGCGCUACGCGCACAGUUUGAAGAAGAAAAAUGGCAGGCGGUUUCCUUUCAGGAGUACGCCGACCACCCCAGCGGCGGUAAUGGACGGCAGAACCAGCUGCGGGCCGAGGAACUCGUGUAAUUUGUCAUGAUGAAAACGGAUUAACUUGUAUUGCCCAAUUCAUAACACUGCUAAAAUGGACUAUUUUUAUGUUCUUCAUGUUACAUAGUGCAAAAUAAAUUAUCUACAAAUCACCAGGGUCCAGCAUUUAAAAAAAACAACAUAAACAUUGUGUACAAUAUUAUAAAAAACACAUUUUUUACAGUCAAAAUUACUUAAUGGUAAAAACCGUCCACAAUUUAGGACUUUUAAGUGAUUUUGACUAUUUUUUGAUUACAAAUUGUUUUACAUACCGUCCCAAGCUUAUUUUUGUGCAUUUUUGUAUAUAUCAUAUAUUAUUGCCGUUUUUUACAAUUUUGUUAUUUUCGCUUUAUUUUCCAUGAUUUGUGUAUUAAACAUGUAUAUAUUUUAUUUAAUGCUAGAUUUUAAUUGUAUAUAAUCUUUGACUAAUCUAAUACCUACCACGCAAAUUCUUUACUUUUUUUAUAUAAUUCUCACUUUUUUUAUUUAAUCCCCG